AUGGCGGGUCGCCGGGUCUCGGCGGGUCGGCGGCUGGGCGGCGGCGGCGCGGGCGGUGGCGGCGGCGGCGGCGAGGGCGGCGGCGGCGAGGGCGGUGGUGGCGAGGGCGGUGGCGUCGGGGGUGGCGGCGGCGAGGGCGACGGCGGCGGCGGCGGUGGCGGCGGGGGCGGCGGCGGCGGCGGCGGUGGGGGCGGCGGCGGUGGCGGCGGCGGCGACGAGGGCGCGGGCGGCGAGGGCAGCGGCGAGGGCGGCGGCGGCGAGGGCGGUGGUGGCGGCGGCGGUGCGGGCGGGGUGAGCGGCGUGGGUGGUGGUGACAGGGGCGGAGGCGGCGAGGGCGGGGGGGGGGGGGGUGAAUGCGAUGGCGGUGGUGGUGGCGUCGGGGGCUGGGGCUGCGGUGUCGGGGGCGGGGGCGGCGGCGGCGAGGGCGGUGGCGGCGGUGGUUGUGAGGGGUGUGGCGGUGGCGGCGGCGAGGGUGGUGGCGACGAGGGAGGCGGCGGUCGCGAGGACGAGGGCGGCGACGGCGAUUGUGACGGCGGCGAGGGUGGCGGCGCUUGUGAUGGCGGUGGCCGCGGCGUGGGUGUUGUCGGCGAGAGUGCCGGCGGCGAGGGUGGCGAUGGCAUUGGUCGCCCGGGUUGCGGCGGCGAGGGCGGUGGCGGCGAGGGCGGUGGCGGCGGGGGUGGUGGUGGCGGGGGUGGCGGAGGUGGGGGUGGUGGAGUCGAGGGUGGCGGCGGCGAGGGUGGCUGCGGCGAGGGCUGCAGUGGUGGGGGUGGCGGUGGCGGGUUUGGCGGUGGUGGGGGCGGCGUUGGUGGGGGCGGCGAUGGCGGCGGUGGUGAGGGCGGCGGUGGCGGGUGUGGCGAUGUCGGGGGUGGCGGUGGCGAGGGUGGCGAGGGUGGUGGUGGCGAGGGUGGUGGGGGCGGCGGCGGCGGGGGUGUCGGUGGUGGCUGUGGUGAGGGUGGCGAGGGUGGCGAGGGCGGCUUUGGCGAGGGUGGUGGCGGUGGCGGCGGCGGUUAA